AUGUACGGCACAUCGACCGGUCCUCAGACCGGCAUCAACACCCCCCGGUCCUCUCAAUCCCUCCGUCCCCUCAUCCUUUCACAUGGCUCCCUCGAGUUUUCCUUCCUCGUCCCCACCUCGCUCCAUUUCCACGCCUCGCAGUUGAAAGACAGUUUCACUGCUUCAUUACCCGAACCCACAGAUGAAUUGGCCCAGGACGAUGAGCCCUCCUCCGUCACCGAGCUGGUGGCCCGCUAUAUCGGCCAGGUCGCCCGUGAGGUUGAGGAGGGUGAGGAUGAUGCUCAGGGUAGCUAUCUCGAGGUCCUCAAACUCGUCCUGAACGAGUUCGAGCGUGCCUUCAUGCGCGGCAAUGACGUUCACGCCGUGGCAGCCACUCUGCCCGGCAUUGUUGCCAAGAAGAACCAGGUGGUUGAAGCCUACUACGCUGGACGAGCCGCCGCAGGCCGGCCCACCAAGCCCUACGAUUCUGCCCUAUUCCGUGCGGCCUCAGAUGAUGCGGCUGGUAUCUACACGGUCUUUGGUGGCCAGGGUAACAUCGAGGAGUAUUUCGACGAGCUGCGUUCGAUUUACACUACCUACCCCUCCUUCGUCGAGGAUUUGAUUGUCUCCUCCGCUGAGCUGUUGCAAUCGCUCUCGCGCGAACCCGAGGCGAGCAAGCUCUACCCCAAGGGUCUGGAUAUUAUGCGAUGGCUCAAGGAUCGCGAUGCUCAGCCCGAUACCGACUACCUGGUGUCGGCCCCUGUCAGUCUGCCUUUGAUUGGCCUGGUCCAGCUGGCCCACUACAUGGUGACCUGCAAGGUCCUGGGCCGUCAGCCUGGUGACCUCCUCGAGCGCAUCAAGGGUACCACCGGUCAUUCCCAGGGUGUGGUGACCGCCGCUGCCAUCGCCACGGCGACCAGCUGGGAGACCUUCGCCAAGGCCACUCGGGAUGCCCUGACGAUGCUCUUCUGGAUUGGUCUGCGCAGCCAACAGGCCUAUCCCCGCACAUCCAUUGCCCCCUCGGUGCUGCAGGAUUCGAUUGAGAACGGUGAGGGUACGCCGACUCCCAUGCUUUCCAUCCGGGAUCUGUCUCGUACCGCCGUCCAGGAACACAUUGAUGCCACCAACCAGCACUUGCCCCAGGACCGCCACAUUUCGAUCUCCUUGGUUAACAGUGCCCGCAACUUUGUGGUGACCGGUCCCCCAAUCUCGCUCUAUGGUCUGAACCUGCGCCUUCGGAAGGUCAAGGCCCCCACCGGCCUGGACCAGAACCGAGUUCCCUUCACCCAGCGGAAGAUUCGCUUCGUCAACCGCUUCCUCCCUAUUACGGCCCCCUUCCACAGCCAAUAUCUCACCUCGGCCUAUGACCGCAUUAUUGAGGACUUGGAGGAUAUUGAUAUCCCCGCCAAGUCUCUGGCCAUUCCCGUUUUCCACACCCAGUCUGGAGAGGAUCUGCGCCAGUUGGGCGACAAGAGCGCUGUCCCUGCUCUGGUCCGCAUGAUCACUCACGACGCCGUCAACUGGGAGCAAGCUACUGUUUUCCCCGGCGCAACACACAUUGUUGACUUCGGACCUGGUGGCAUCUCGGGUCUGGGUGUUCUCACUAACCGCAACAAGGAUGGUACCGGUGUCCGGGUCAUCCUGGCUGGUGAGAUGGACGGCACCAAUGCCGAAGUUGGCUACAAGCCGGAGCUAUUCGACCGUGAUGAGCACUCGGUCAAGUUCGCCUCCGACUGGGUCAAGGAGCACGGCCCGCGUCUGGUGCAGACUUCCACUGGCGAGACUUACGUCGACACCAAGAUGAGUCGCCUGUUGGGUAUCCCCCCUGUCAUGGUGGCUGGUAUGACACCUACCACUGUUCCUUGGGACUUCGUGGCCGCCACGAUGAACGCUGGCUACCAUGUUGAGCUUGCUGGUGGUGGUUACUACAACGCCAAGACGAUGACGGAGGCUAUCACCAAAAUCGAGAAGGCAAUUCCGCCGGGCCGUGGUAUCACGAUCAACCUGAUUUAUGUUAACCCCCGUGCCAUGGCUUGGCAGAUCCCCCUCAUCGGCCGGCUGCGCGCUGACGGAGUUCCCAUUGAGGGUCUGACCAUUGGUGCCGGUGUGCCUUCUAUCGAGGUUGCCAAUGAGUACAUCGAGACACUCGGUAUCAAGCACAUCGCUUUCAAGCCCGGCUCCGUCGACGCCAUCCAGCAGGUGAUCAACAUUGCCAAGGCCAACCCCAAGUUCCCCAUCAUCAUGCAGUGGACUGGUGGCCGUGGUGGUGGUCACCACUCGUUCGAGGACUUCCACCAGCCCAUCCUUCAGAUGUACAGCCGCAUCCGAAAGUACCACAACAUCGUUCUUGUCGCUGGUAGUGGUUUCGGCGGAGCUGAGGAUACCUACCCGUAUCUCUCCGGUACCUGGUCCUCCAAGUUCGGCUACCCUGCCAUGCCCUUUGACGGAUGUCUUUUCGGCAGUCGCAUGAUGAUUGCGAAGGAAGCGCAUACCUCGAAGAACGCCAAAAAGGCCAUUGCUGAUGCCCCCGGUGUCGACGAUGAGGACUGGGAGAAGACUUACGAGGGUGCUACUGGCGGUGUGAUCACCGUUCUGUCCGAGAUGGGCGAGCCUAUUCACAAGCUGGCCACCCGCGGUGUUCUCUUCUGGCAGGAGAUGGACCAGAAAAUCUUCAAGCUCGACAAGGCGAAGCGUGUUCCUGAACUCAAGAAGCAGCGCAACUACAUCAUCAAGAAGCUCAAUGAUGACUUCCAUAAGGUGUGGUUCGGCCGCAACGCCGCUGGAGAGACCGUGGACUUGGAGGAUAUGACUUACGCCGAGGUGGUUCACCGCAUGGUCGAUCUCAUGUACGUCAAGCACGAGUCUCGUUGGAUCGAUGCCUCCCUGAAGCGCCUCACUGGUGACUUCCUACGUCGUGUUGAGGAGCGUUUCACCACCGCCAACGACCAAGCCUCGAAGCUGCAGAGCUAUUCCGAGCUCGACACCCCUUACCCAGCCGUCGAUAACAUUCUGGCGGCUUACCCCGAGGCUGCUUCUCAGUUGAUCAACGCACAGGAUGUGCAACACUUCCUCCUUCUCUGCCAACGCCGGGGACAGAAGCCUGUUCCUUUCGUUCCUUCUCUCGAUGAGAACUUCGAGUACUUCUUCAAGAAGGAUUCUCUCUGGCAGAGUGAGGACCUCGAGGCUGUCGUGGAUCAGGAUGUCGGCCGUACUUGUAUCCUGCAGGGUCCCAUGGCUGCUCGCUUCUCCAACAUCAUCGAUGAGCCCGUGAAAGAUAUUCUCGACGGUGUUCACAAGGGCCACAUCACCGGCCUUCUCCGUGACGUGUACGGCGGUGACAAGACGAAGAUCCCUGUGAUUGAGUACUUCGGUGGACAGAUGCUCAGUUCCGAGGACCAGCAGGAGCUGGAAGGCCUCACUGUCUCGCAAGAGACCAACAAGAUUACUUUCCGUCUGUCGUCGUCUUCCUCGGUCGAAUUGCCCGAAGUUGACCGCUGGCUCCGUCUUCUGGCCGGUGACUCUUACUCUUGGCGCCAUGCCUUGUUCCUAGCCGAUGUGUUCGUCCAGGGUCACCGCUUCCAGACCAACCCGAUGAAGCGGAUCGUGGCGCCCACUGCUGGACUCUACGUGGAGAUCACCAACCCUCAUGAUUCCGCCAAAACCGUCAUUAGCAUCCGAGAGCCCUAUCAGUCGGGCAAGUUGGUGAAGACCGUCGAGGCCAAGAUGAACGAGAACGGUCAGAUCAGCCUGACUCUCUUCGAGGGCCGUACCGCUGAGGGCGGCGUUGUCCCCUUGUCCUUCCUGUUCACCUACCACCCGGAGACCGGCUAUGCCCCCAUCCGCGAGGUCAUGGGAGAUCGCAAUGACCGCAUCAAGGAAUUCUACUACCGCAUCUGGUUCGGCAACAAGGACGUGCCCUUCGACACUCCCACCACCGCUACUUUCAACGGUGGCCGGGAAACCAUUACUUCCCAGGCUGUUGCCGACUUCGUCCACGCUGUAGGCAACACUGGUGAGGCCUUUGUUGACCGUCCCGGCAAGGAGGUCUUUGCCCCCAUGGAUUUCGCCAUCGUGGCGGGCUGGAAGGCCAUUACCAAGCCUAUCUUCCCUCGCACUAUUGACGGAGACCUGCUGAGACUGGUUCACCUGUCCAAUGGCUUCAAGAUGGUCCCCGGUGCUCAGCCGCUGAAGGUUGGCGAUGUCCUGGAUACCACUGCCCAGAUCAACGCCGUCAUCAACCAGGAAUCUGGCAAGAUGGUCGAGGUGUGCGGCACUAUCAAGCGGGAUGGCAAGGCCAUUAUGCAUGUUACCAGUCAGUUCUUGUACCGAGGUGACUACUUGGACUUCGAGAACACCUUCCAGCGCAAGGAGGAGGUCCCUAUGCAGGUCCACCUCGCCACCAGCCGGGAUGUCGCUAUCCUCCGCUCCAAGGAGUGGUUCUGCAUGGACGAGUCUGACAUGGAGCUCCUGGGCCAGACCAUUACUUUCCGUCUGCAGAGCUUGAUCCGCUUCAAGAACCAGACUGUAUUCAGCAGUGUUCAGACCGUCGGACAGGUCCUGCUUGAGCUUCCCACCAAGGAGGUCAUCCAGGUUGCCUCUGUUGAAUACCAGGCCGGCACUUCCCACGGUAAUCCGGUGAUUGACUACCUGCAGCGCAAUGGAACUUCCAUUGAGCAGCCAGUCUACUUCGAGAACCCCAUCCCUCUCAGUGGCAAGACUGCUCUGGAGUUGCGUUCCCCAGCCUCGAACGAGACCUACGCUCGCGUCUCCGGCGACUACAACCCUAUUCACGUCUCGCGUGUUUUCUCAAGCUACGCCAACCUCCCGGGCACCAUCACGCACGGUAUGUAUAGCAGUGCCGCGGUGCGCAGCUUCGUGGAGACCUGGGCUGCCGAGAAUAACAUCGGCCGUGUUCGGGGCUUCCACGUCUCUUUGGUCGGCAUGGUGUUGCCCAAUGAUAUGAUUACCGUCAAGCUCCAGCACGUCGGUAUGAUUGCCGGUCGUAAGAUCAUCAAGGUCGAGGCCAGCAACAAGGAGACCGAGGACAAAGUUCUCUUGGGUGAAGCGGAGGUUGAACAACCUGUUACCUCCUACGUCUUCACCGGUCAGGGCUCUCAGGAGCAGGGUAUGGGUAUGGAGCUUUAUGCCAGCAGUCCCGUGGCCAAGGAGGUCUGGGACCGCGCCGAUCGCCACUUCAUUGAGAACUAUGGCCUGUCCAUCAUCGAUAUCGUCAAGAACAACCCCAAGGAGCUCACCGUCUACUUCGGUGGCCCGCGGGGCAAGGCCAUUCGCCAGAACUAUAUGUCGAUGACCUUCGAGUCGGUGAAUGCCGAUGGAUCGAUCAAGUCGGAGAAGAUCUUCAAGGAGGUUGACGAGACUACCGCCUCGUACACCUACCGCUCUCCGACCGGCCUGCUGUCUGCCACUCAGUUCACUCAGCCUGCGCUGACCCUGAUGGAGAAGGCCAGCUUCGAGGAUAUGCGCUCCAAGGGUCUGGUGCAGCGGGACAGCAGCUUCGCCGGUCACUCCCUGGGUGAAUACUCGGCUCUGGCUGCCCUGGCCGAUGUCAUGCCCAUUGAGAGCUUGGUGUCCGUCGUGUUCUACCGUGGUCUGACGAUGCAGGUCGCCGUCGAGCGUGACGAGCAGGGUCGGUCCAAUUACUCCAUGUGUGCCGUUAACCCCAGCCGCAUCUCCAAGACCUUCAACGAGCAGGCCCUUCAAUACGUCGUCGAGAACAUUUCGGAGCAAACCGGCUGGCUUCUGGAGAUCGUCAACUACAACGUUGCCAACAUGCAAUAUGUGGCUGCUGGUGAUCUCCGUGCUCUCGACUGCCUCACCAACCUUUUGAACUUCCUCAAGGCUCAGAACAUCGAUAUCCCCACUCUCAUGCAGACCAUGUCUCUGGAGGAUGUUAAGGCUCACCUUGUGAGCAUCAUUCAGGAGUGUGUCAAGCAGACUGAGGCCAAGCCGCGCCCCAUCAAUCUGGAGCGUGGCUUUGCCACUAUCCCUCUCAAGGGUAUCGAUGUGCCCUUCCACAGCACUUUCCUGCGCUCCGGCGUCAAGCCUUUCCGGUCCUUCUUGCUCAAGAAGAUUAAUAAGACCACCAUCGACCCCAGCAAGCUGGUCGGCAAGUACAUUCCCAACGUGACUGCUCGUCCCUUCGAGAUCACCAAGGAGUACUUCGAGGAUGUCUACAAGCUUACCAACUCGCCUCGUAUCGCCUCGAUCUUGGCCAACUGGGACAAGUACGAAGAGGGCAACGAGUCCGCUGCCCGUGCAGCCUAA